AUGAGCUAUUCGUCAGAAAUUGUAAACACAGACAAAGAACAGGAAGUCCAUCCCAAACCAAGAAUAACAUUAAAUAGAAUGACAAUAUACGAGAAGGCUCAUAUAAUUGGAGUAAGAGCAGCACAGCUGAACGACGACGCUCCGCCCUUUGUGGAUAUUGGAGACUUAGUUGAUUGUAUUCAAAUAGCAAAGAAAGAGCUGGCUGAGAGAAAGCUUCCUUUUAUAAUAAGACGUAAGUUGCCAGAUGGAAGCUUUGAGGAUUGGCCCAUUGAUGAGCUGUUGAUUCCUGACAUUGAUUUUUAA